UGUUUCCAGAAAGCUAAUCUGAUGCUUUUGUCAGCCGUUUCCUCUCAAGUUUACUUCAAUGAAAAUCUAUUCCUUUUAUGGUAAUGGCUCCAAUAUGGAUUCUCAUGUUAUCUGUCUAUAUAACACAUUCUGCUCAAGCUGUGGAUCUUUCUGAGGCAUCUUUUGUCUCAGCUGAGUCUGGAGAAAACGUUACUCUACUCUGCAAAUUUGUGGAAAAGUCUGGUCAAAGCAUUAAGAGUUGGGUUUGGUACAAACAAAGAGCAGGACAGGAACCUCAGGAAGUAGCAGUGAAGUUAAUCAAUAAAUUUCCCAAUACUUUAUCAAAGAGAUUCAAAAUAAAUCAGAGUUUUAAUCUGACUAUUGAACAAACUACUAAAGCUGAUGAAGGAAUGUAUUUCUGUGGUGUGGGAGAUGGGAACACCAUUAUGUUUUCCAAUGGCACAUUCUUAGCUAUGACGGAUAAACCUCGGUUAAACAUAUCAGUGCUCCAAACUCCAGUACGGGGGUCAGUUUCUCCAGGAGAGUCGGUCACUUUGCAAUGCACGGUCCUCUCUGAGAUCAGAGCAGCAGAACUCCGAGUGCUCUGGUUCAGAGCUGCUGCAGGACAAUCCUUUCCUGAAAUCAUUUACACUCAUCAGAACAGCAGCAGCCAUCAGUGUGAGAUCAGCUCUUCUACACACAGCUCUGUGUACAACUUCUCCAAGAACAUCCUCGACCAGCACCAUACUGGAACGUACUACUGCGCUGUGGUUGCUUGUGGGAAGAUCAUUUGGGGCUGUGGAUCAACUGUGGAAAUGGAGGGGCCUGUGCAUCCUGUUGUGAUCUUUCUGGGAGCAGCUUUGGGAGUGUGUGUGGUUGUGAUCUCUGCUCAAGCCUUUAUGAUCUGUAAAAGGAGAAACAGUGACCACUGCAGUGUGAGAAAUCAACAAGGUUCAGCAGCAGAAAACACAACCAGUCAGGCCCAGGCAGCUGAGAAUCUGAAUUAUGCUGCCAUCAAUUUCAAAGAGAACAAACCCAAAACUGGACGAGUGAAGAGAGAACAGCCUGAAGACAUUGUGUACUCUCAAGUGAGAAGCUCUAAUGCUAAAGCUCAUCGUUCUCAUCGCUAGAUCUCUUUCCUUUAGUGAGCAGUAGUGAAGUUUGGGGAUGUUUUUAUUUUACUGGGAUAGAGCUGCACAUGAUCUCCAGGUUAGUUUUGUGAUCUUUAUCUUAUUAUUUCUCUUGAAUAUAGACUGGUGUCUGCAGCUGUCUGCAUGUGUGUGAUAUUUUGGUCCCCACCUUGCUCAAAACUGGGUGAAAAAUGUGCAGUUUAGGAUGAAGUUUCAGUUCUCUAAAGGAGUGUGUGAGGACAUUUUUAGAGUGAGUGUGGUCACUACAAUCUUUCACCUGUAACAGACUGGCAUGAGUUUAGGCUGAUGGCGUCUGAUAUUGUGCAACUUUCAUAGAAGUGUGAUGUAUUUUUUGAGGCUGUCUAAAGUUUUGACAAGAAAGUUUCAGGUGUAAUGAGAAUUUAAAUGAAUAAUUUGUUCUUAUACAGCACCUCUUGUUUAUGGAAUACAUUGAUUUUUUUCCUUUGUGUGUGUGUUUUUCUAAAAUGUUUUAAGAAAAUAGCUGUCUACAUAGCUAUGCCUGUGUUAUAUCAACCCAGAAAGUAAAUGCAGAUAGAAGCCUUUUUUAUGAUUAUAUGUCUGCAUGCUUUGUGAAAUAACACAUGUGGAUUCUGAAGAAUUCUCAAUAUUAGGUUAAAAACAUAUAGAGAUUAAUGGGAAUGUCAAACAUAUUAUUUCCUUUUGUAUAAAACAAUAAAUAAUAUGCCAUCUUGUAAUGGGAUAUAAUCAGUAAU